GUCUCCAAUUGUGGCCAGCAACAUUUGCCAACUUCACGGAGCUUUCUGUGCGGCUAUCGCUGGAACAUUUAGCCCACUGGCAGCACAGACUUUGCAAUUAGAGUAAAGUGAUGCUGAGGAGGGUGGGAAGUUCUCUCUUAGCCAGUCACAUCGCUGGGCGAAGGAUGAUGUCACAGCAAAAUCUUACUGGAAAGGUUGCCAUAGUGACUGCGUCUACAGAUGGUAUUGGUCUGGCUGCAGCACGGGCACUAGGACAAAGAGGGGCUCAUGUUGUGGUGAGUAGCCGGCGGAAGGAGAAUGUAGAAAAGGCCGUAGCACUGCUGCAGAGUGAGAGGAUACAGGUGACCGGAACUAUUUGCAAUGUGGGGAAGAGUGAAGACCGAGAAAGACUGGUGGAAAUGACUGUAGAACAGUGUGGUGGGGUGGAUAUCUUCAUCUCCAAUGCUGCAGUGAAUCCUUUUUUUGGGAACAUCAUGGACUCCACUGAACAAGUCUGGGAUAAGAUCCUGGAUGUGAAUGUGAAAGCAGCCUUCCUGAUGACCAAACUCGUCGUGCCACAUAUGGAAAGCAGAGGGGGCGGGUCAGUUGUGUUUGUGUCGUCGAUUGCUGGAUACCAGCCGAUGCCGGCUCUGGGACCAUACAGUGUGAGUAAAACGGCUUUGCUGGGUCUGACCCGGGCUCUGGCCCCAGAACUGGCCUCCAGCAACAUCCGGGUCAACUGUGUGGCCCCUGGAGUCAUCAAGACCCGCUUCAGUUCAGCGAUCUGGCAGAAUGAAGACAUUGUGGAUGAGUUCAAGAAACAGCUGUGCAUUAAAAGGUUGGGGGAUCCACAGGACGUGGGCGGAGUCAUCGCCUUCCUGUGCUCAGAGGACGCCUCUUACAUCACUGGGGAAACCAUCACUGUGACAGGAGGGAUGAACUGCAGGCUCUGACAGAGUGAGAGAUGGAGAGAGGGGGAGUGGGGAGGUGGGGGAGAUGGAGGGAGUUCUGGAAACUAACAGAAGUGAAGAAUCAGCUCCUAGGAAAGACGGAUCAUUCCAAACGCAAAAAUUAAAAUAAAUUAACUGUGUGAAAAAAAGACCUGCCGUAAUAGUUAAUAUUGUAAUGCUAUGUGUAAUGUGUGGAAAGUCCUGCGUGUGUGUGUGUGUGUGUAUGUGUGUGUGCAUGUGUGCACGUGUGCACGUGUGCAAGUGUGCACGUGUGUGUGUGCGUGCCUGUGCAUGUGUGUGAGCGUGUGAGUGUUUGUGGGAGUGUUUGCGAUCAUGUGUGCAAACCAAUGCUGUGAGAUUAUUCAACACAAGGUGCUGUGAAUAAACCACCAUUUACUGAUCA